AUGCCACAAGAUCCAAACUUGUAUGGCCAACAGCCUGCCAAGAAGCAGAAGCGAGACAAGACAUUAUCAAGUUCGCUUGAUUUCACUGCUCAACUGACAUCGUUGAUGUCAACCAACUCAUCAGGCACACCACCAGCUGGCCGUUCGCGCCCCCAUAAGGCGGGCAAGGACGACAUAUUUAAAGGCACAAAGCCCAAGAGAAGCAAAGAGUCUGAUGGGUCAAAGAGGCUGAAAUUGAAGGAAGUCGCGGGAACGGAAGAUGAGACUCAAGAACUGGCACGCGCCAGGCGACGGAUGGGGGAAAAAGCACGACUAUACGCAGCAAUGAAGCGAGGAGAUUACGUCCCAAAAGAAAACGAAGCCGCACCACUAAUAGAUUUUGACCGCAAAUGGGCAGAAGGAGAAGAUGGAAAGGAGAACUAUGAAACAAGUAGCGAUGAGGACGAUGCCAACGACAGCGGUGAGAUGGUUGAGUACGAAGACGAAUUUGGCCGCGUACGACAAGUCACCAAAGCAGAAAAAGAGAAGUUGGAUCGAAGAGCACAACGCGGUCUACUAGGAGCUGAAGAGCUCGAGCGUAUGUCUGCAAGACCCAACGCACCGAGCAACCUUAUUGUCGGCGACACGAUCCAGUCGAUGGCAUUCAACCCAGACGACCCUGACAAGAUGGAGGAACUGGCACGGAAGCGAGAUCGCAGCGCGACACCACCAUCGGCGCAACACUACGACGCUGACUGGGAGAUCCGGACCAAAGGCACGGGAUUUUUCAAAUUCAGUAAGGACGAAGAGAGUCGAGCAGCGGAGAUGGAGGGGCUUGCGGAAGAGCGCCGCAAGACGGAAGAGCAACGGCAGGCUCGCGAGGAGCAGAAGGAUGCUAGGAAACGGGAAAUUGAGAAACGCAGGGAGGAUAUGGCGGCACGGAGGGCCAAGAAGCAGGCCGAUUCCUUUUUGGACAGGCUGGUAUACAGCCCAAAGCGAUCGCAAAGAUGUUCUAAAUCACCCCCUUCCCCCGUUAUUCCUCAGUCCUCAGUCAAAAUUACGUCCCAGGACCCCAACACACCAAUCCCCACUCAACUUCCUCGUUCAGCUCACCUCACGGUCGACCUGAACUUUAGCACUGCUUUGAAUAGCUUCAGCUCCAGUUCCCUCACAACCGCCAACAUUUCAGGCCUAGACUUUCCAGUCUUCACCACGGAUCCCCAGUCACCAUGGCUUCCCUCCACGAAUUCCAGCCUGCCGGCACCACCCGCGCAACAGUUACAGAGUCCCGAAACACCACAGCAGGACUUUGUCUUGUUCGAUCAGCCUCAGCACCCUAAUCGGUCAACUACCUCGCUGCCAAACCAGCGUCGUCACUCGUCACAUUUCAACCGUCGCCAACAGCCUCUCUCGCCUGCUGUCCAGAAUCAACGAGUCGCCCAGUUGCUCCAGGCUUUUGGUCAAUCUCCCUCUACUGUAAAUCGCCCUACGAACCAGUUUUACGCCUCUUCGGCCCCAUCAUCGUCCACUACGUUGAAUAAGCAGAAUCGACCUGCCCGACCUCCGGUCCCCCUCUUUUCUCAGAGUACAGGAAGUGUCCCUCAACAAACCGCCAAGAUGAUGAACGCUGCAGACGUCGAACUCGAAGAGUUCACCGCCUUCGAGGGCGGGGCCAACACGGCCUUCUCCUCGCCUGCCGUUGCCUCUGUCUUUGACUUUAGCGGCAAUGCCAACUUGGCGACAAUCUCGCCCCAUGAUCUUCUUGUCCACGACUCCUUCAUGUCCGCACCUAACUCAUCAGCCCUUACGGCUUUGACUUCACCAUCUAUUUACAAUGAGUCUCCUGACUUCACUGAUGCAUAUGAUGUGUCUCCCAACUUCGGCAACGCCGACUUUGACACAGCUGCAGACCCUUGGUAUCCCCUGUUCCCCCAGCAGGAGAUUUCUGCUGCUCCUGUGCAGUCAACUGUUGAGAGCUCCCCUGAGGAGAAGUCUGAUGAAUUGGAGUCAGAUAGCCAGUCUCCCCCUCCUAGCCGCCGAAAGUCGGGUGCUUCUCCUUCCACCCGUCACUCUUCGGUUGCUGGUGUGAACGCUCGCAAGCGAGACAAGCCUCUGCCUCCUAUCAUCAUCGACGACCCUAGCGACACUGUCGCUAUGAAGCGUGCCCGUAACACUCUUGCGGCACGAAAGUCUCGAGAGCGCAAGGCCAUGAAGAUGGAAGAGCUGGAGGACAAGAUUGCCAAGUUGGAAGCUGAACGCGACCACUGGAAGAGGAUCGCGCUUGCGCAAUCCGGUAUGCAAUAA